AUGUCGUCGUCAAUCGAUCGAAAAUCAAUUAUUUCAAAAAAUAAUAUUUUCAGCAGCAAUGCCAAACACACUGAUAAUGAAUUAAGUCGAGGAUUAUCAACAUCAACGACUACUUCCUCAUCAACGGAUAGUUCAAGUGAUGAUGAGGAUUUUUAUGAUGCACCCGAAAUACCUGAUUCAGAUUUAACAUCUGUACAACAGUCGAUAUCUAAUGUCAACACACAACAAAAUACAGAACAACUUUAUAAAAUAACAUUAAAUCAGUCACAAAUGAAUGAUUUACAAAGACGUGAUAAACUAUCUUUUUUACGUUCACAAGAAGAAAAGGGUGAUUUAUCUUAUAGUCAAAUACCAAAUUUAUUUCAACAAACAAACGUUCAAAAGUCUAUUUAUUCACCAUCUCUUGAUACCUCAACAGUAGGAAUAUAUGAUCGAGAAACAGAACAACACCAGUCUCUAGAAGAAAAAUAUCCGCCAGAUUUAUUAAAAGAUCAUAUCUCAAAUACUGAUCGAAAACGAAAAAAAAAACAAGCUCCGUCUGUACUAAGACAAAAUGAUAUUUCAUUUUCACAGCAGUCUCCUUCACAAUCCUAUCAUAUGUCACGUGCUAAAACAUGGCCAAGUAAUGUUGAAUCAAACAAUCACAGUCAAAACGAUUUAUCAUCCGAUUUUUCUCCACGUUCACCGACUUUGUCGAUUACGAGUAAUCCAUUGAUUGAUGAACAAUACCAACAACAUCACCAACACAAAAAUUGUUGUCCAAAUUGUUUCGCCUCUUUUCCUUCCCCAUCCUCGCAACAACCAUCAAGAUUUGAUAACUAUUCUGCUUCUACUAACCAUCGCACUUCUUCAUUUUCGUCUUCAUCAGAUACUGUACCUGUUAUCUUUUUACCACGUUCAGUUUUAGACAAUAUUCAUCAAAAUACAACUCCAUCAUUUCAACAACAACAUUCAUUACCUGUUUCAUCACCCACUUGUACAACAUUUCCUUAUUCGAAUAGAAAUCAUAGAACACCAACAAUUUUUGAUCCAAGAAAAUUAACGGCCAUUUCUGAACCAGUUAAUUUAGAUACAAUCGAUUGUAUAACAAAAUUUGGUGGAUUAACACGUGGUGGUCAAACAUUGAAUGAUGAUGAAAUAAUGAAACAGCCAAUUGUCAAAAAUUUAGAUUACGGAAAAUAUGUACCGUUGCAAGAGGCUGUACCAAAAGAAUUUAUGAAUCCUAUGACAAUGCAAAUAUUAAAAACAGUUAAUGCCAGUGCAAAUUCUAGUAGUACAAGCAUGAAUAAUUCACUUAGAAGAAAUUCAACACCAAAUGAUUAUCAUCAUAAUUAUUCCCCAACUGUCAUAAAGAAUGAAACACAUUCAACUAGAGCAAGUAAUGACGAACUCGAUUCAAUAUCAACAUCAUCUGAAGCAAGUACGAAAUCCAGUCAUACAACAGCUGCAUCAACAUCAACGACAAAAGCAUCACAAACAGCCGUAAAAAAUUUAUUAAAAGGAACUAAUGGUGAUAGUGAACAUGAAGAAUUUGACGACGAAAGUGACGAUGAUAAAGAUAUUGUAUUAAAUGAUAGUGAUGUGAAAUACAAAUCAUCAAGAAAUUUGACGGGUCAUUCGAUAUUUGAUAAAACACAAUUAUUACAGACAAUAGUUACAGCGCAUAAUGGUCCGAUCUGGUGUAUGCGCUUUUCUCCAGACGGUCGUUUACUAGCGACUGGUGGACAAGAUACUUUGUUGAAAGUAUGGAUGUUUAAAACGAUGCAUACAACCCUUGAUGAAUAUUCUGAUGUUACAACAGAGUCAAAAUCAAAAGAAUCACAAGCAGCUGAUGCGUUAGCUCAACGUUUUCAUGAAUUUGAUAUUACUAAUCGUACAACGACAUCCGAUACAACGGCCAAUCCAAUGCUGGGUUUAAAUGAAAAUCAAGCACCAUUAUAUCCAAAACCAUUUUGUGAGUUGACAGGUCAUCUCGCUGCUGUUCUUGAUAUUGCUUGGUCAAAAUCACAUUUUAUGUUAUCAUCAUCGAUGGAUAAAACUGUUCGACUUUGGCAUUUAAGUCGAAAAGAAUGUCUUUGUUUUUUUCGUCAUAUUGAUUUUGUAUCGGCAAUUGCCUUUCAUCCAAGAGAUGAUCGAUAUUUUGUGAGUGCAUCUUUAGAUGGUCAUGUUCGUCUAUGGCAUAUACCAGAUAAGAAAGUUAUUUAUUGGAAUCAAAUACAAGCACAAACAAAUCCAACAUCAUCGACAAAUGCAAAUUUAAUAACAGCAAUUAAUUUUUGUGAUGAUGGUAAAAAAGUGAUUGUUGGCACAUUCGAUGGUCGAUUUAUAGUAUAUACUGAUUCGUUAGUAUACGAUACAGUGAUGAAUAUUGGAGAUAAAAAUAAUAAUCGAUCGAGAAAAAAACGACGAAAACCAAGAAAAAUUACUGGUAUUGAAGCCAUGAAUUUAAAUUCCUCUAAAAUAUUAAUUACAUCAAAUGAUUCUCGUAUACGUUUAUAUGAUAUUAAAACGAAAGAAAUAGAAAGAAAAUAUCGUGGUUAUUCGAAUAAUUCAAGUCAAAUUCGUGCAUCGUUUAGUCACGAUGAUCGUUAUAUUAUCAGCGGAAGUGAAGAUAGUUGGUUCUACAUAUGGCAAACAGUGCCUGUAGAUGACGUAUCGAUAAAUAACAAAUAUUCAAAAUUAUCAAAAAAGCAACGUCGACAUUUUGAUCGUGCUUGGGAACGAAUAAGAGUACACAAUAGUGUCGUGACAUCAGCAAUAUUUGCUCCUAAUCCUGCAUUAAUCAUGGAUUAUGUUUAUACUCAUACUAAUUCACCUUCUCUUCCUGUUGCCAUUCCUCCAUUACUUAAUCCUAGUCAAAAAUUAUCGCGUAAUAUUACAACAGCUAAUUCUACGAAAGUUAGUUCACGAACUUAUAUGAACAAUCACAAUGGAAACAAUGAUUAUACAAUUCCACCGUAUGUUAUCGUAACAGCUGAUGCCAAAGGUCAAUUAAAAAUACUUGUCAAUAAAUUUCGAAUCUAA